AUGCAGUCGCCAUUGAGAACCCUACAUUCUGACCUCUUCACUCUGUGCCACGGAACCCUCAUGGACGAGGGAAAUCAUUCCGAUUAUAAACAACAUAUUACAUCUAAGGUCGACUCUGACACUGAAUGCGAAAACGACCCGGAAGACAACCACGACGAGACCAGCCACGAAGAAACUAUUCACGUGAGAAGCCAAGACAGUGACUGCGACAGCAACGGCGUGCACAAUGGCGCGAACAACGGUGUGAAAAACGGUGGGAACACCGUUGAAGAUGACUUUUAUCACAUCCUUGAGAGCGACGAUGGAAGAACCUCAGAUGGCGAUGAUGAUGAGAUCCCCGACACUGUCUCUCAGAAUGCCCUCAAUGUCUUCAGUUUAACACAACCAUCGAGAAACUCAGUCGAAGACGCUCCAGUAGAUGAUAUGCCUUCGCGGGUCGCGACCAUACUUUCACAACCUGCGCGAACUUUACCGACUACCACCUUAAAUGCCACAAGCGGCAUUGAAGAUGCGUCGAGAUCUGUUACGAAGCGAGCCAUCCAAGACCAAGAUGGGCGGGAACUGGAGCAAGAAUCGCUUCCACAGACGAGAGGCGGAGAUGGGAACGUAAGUUCCCAGUAUCUUGCCAGAAUUAUCACAGCCAGAGACGAGGAGACCCGAUCCCUGCGGUUGUUUCACGACCAAGUUGUUGUGCUUGAACAACAGGAGAACACUAUCCUUCGCCGGCUAAAAGAGUCAUAUGAACAACUGAAGAGUUCAUGUCAAUCUGCUAUUCUGGAACUAAACUCACAAGACGGUCGUCUGAGAUACAGUGCCCCUCAUCGAUCGAAAUUGACACCUAUAUUGAUCAAACACAGCCGCGAGGAGGACAACCUUCAAUCAACUAAAGUAAAGCGGGCGAGAAUCAACGCAGAAAUCACGAAGAUAAUAGGUGAACAAGCAGGCGAGUUCAGGAACACAUCCAGCCAACGCGAUGCAACUCGUCUUACACCACCCAAUGGACAAGAAAACUAG